AUGCAACGUCGCGUAGGCGAGGUGCUAGACGACGUCGUGGUUCAAAUCGCGGUCUGGCCGUCGCCGGAGAGGCCGACCAGGUGGAACAAAGAAAUGCUUGGCAUAAGAUGCGUUCCCGUAUGUAUAUCUCCUCUCGUUCAUGCUUCCUUUCCCCCGCCCCCCUUCCUCCCCCCGUCGCCUCCCUCUCAGUCAGACAUGUCUCUGUCCGACUAUUCCAUCGAGAAGGACAAUGCGAGUGGCAGCAUCGAGCUCGCUGCCCCGCCAGAGGUCUACGAGCGCCGUACCGGGCUCAAGGGUCUCUACUACAACCCUUGGGUUCAGGUCAUCAUGCUCGGCUUUGUCUGUUUCAUGGGCCCUGGAUUAUUCAACGCCCUCAACGGACUUGGUGGAGGAGGUCAAGUGAGCACCACCACCAGCGCCAACGCUAACGUUGCCCUGUAUUCUACCUUCGCGUUCACUGCGUUUUUCGCUGGUUCCAUCAACAACGUAUUAGGUCCCCGCCUCACGCUUCUCCUCGGAAGUUCUGGCUACGCACUCUACAUCGGUUCUUACCUCGCUGUCAACAUUCACCCCAAUGCCGGAGGGUUUGUCAUCGCAGCUGGUGCCAUCCUUGGUGUUUGUGCUGGUAUGCUCUGGACCGCCCAAGGCUCUCUCAUGUUGGCAUACCCAACUGAGGGCCAGAAGGGUAUCUUCAUCGGUAUCUUCUGGACCAUCUUCAAUCUGGGUGGUGUCGUUGGUGCCUCUGUCUCCCUUGGCCAGAACUUCCACUCAGAGGCCAAUGCUGUUGGCAAUGGCACAUACAUCGGAUUCCUUGUUCUCACUCUCCUCGGUGUCACCAUCCCGAUGCUUAUGGCGAACCCUAAGAAUAUGCUCCGUUCCGACGGCACGAAGGUCAUGACCGUACGCCAUCCGUCUUGGAAGACAGAAUUAUACGGUCUGUGGGUCACCCUGCGCACCGAUACGACUGUCAUCCUCCUCUUCCCCAUGUUCUUCGCCAGUAACUGGUUUUACACCUGGCAAUUCAACGACUACAAUGCCGCCCUUUUCACCAUCCGUGGCCGCGCAUUGAACAACCUUGUCUACUGGCUCUCCCAGAUUGUCGGAUCCGUCGGCAUCGGGUUCCUCCUUGACCAGAAGGGUCUCACCCGUCGCUUCCGUGCCUUUGCUGGAUGGGGUUCGCUCUUCAUCAUGGUUUUCAUCGUCCACAUCUGGGCGUACUUCUACCAGAGGGACUAUACUCGUGCCACGAUAGCAGUUGAAACGACUGACAAUGACAAGAUGGACAUCUACGACAAGGCCUACGUUGGCAGGAUCUGGCUCUACAUCUUCUGCGGUAUGCUCGAUGCGAUGUGGCAGACCACCGCCUACUGGCUUAUGGGUGCCAUGUCCAACGAUCCCUCCAAGCUCGCGAACUUGACUGGUUUCUACAAGUCUCUCCAGUCUGCGGGCGCCGCCGGUGUCUGGCGUGCUGAUGCUGUUAGCCUCCCGUAUUUGAACAUUUUCAUCUCGACUUGGGUUCUCCUUGUCGCAGGCCUGCUCUCGGCCUUGCCGAUGAUCUACACUCGUGUCAAGGAGCACACAGAUGCUUCUGACGAGAUUGUCGACAUUCUCACCGAAUUGGAAGCUCCUGUAAGGCCUGAGCCACAGAUUGCUGAGAAAGCUGAUGCUUAA